UUGCUGCACUAAAGAUCCCCAAACACUUCCUGGUUUAAUCAGAUCUGUACAUGAUCCCGCAGCAUUUUCACGCACCAUGUCUGCUGAGUGGAAGAAGAGGUGUGAGGCUGAGUGGGGUCUACAGGGCGCGCCGAUGCCCGACAGCGUGGACUGGAAGUCCGUGUAUGAAGCCAAGCCGCUGGGAAGAAACUUGCUGAGGAACCCUGCGCCCCUCGGACUGAAUAAAGAUGUCCCUCCACCUGAGCCUGAACGGCCUGAUUUCCCCCCAGGUGGACCUCCACGUUUUCAGCCUGAUGGUGACUUUACUGGUUGGACCACAAGCACAGAAGUGCUGCCCUAUGAUACCAGCGGCAUCCCAGAAGGAGUUGUGAUUUGUUCGUUGCCUCAGUAUAGCUGGUUCACCUUGGAGCAGAUUGUGGACCUGAAGGCAGAGGGAUUGUGGAAUGAACUACUGGAUGGUCUUCAGCCUGAAGUUGUCAUUCAAGACUGGUACGAGGAGAGUCAGUUACAUGACUAUAUCUACCAGCUGCAUGUCAAGCUACUGGGUUCUGACAAAAGUACCGUGAUCUCCGAGCAUACUGUUGGCCCUACCGAGGACCUGAGCAAUUACUCACACAACUGGAAGAAGGUGUCUCAUGUGUUUGCUGGCUACGGACCUGGGGUGAGAUAUGUCCACUUCCAGCACCGACUGAAGAACAGUUUCCACAAUGACUUCUUCCCCACGUUGUUCACCGGCAGCUCCGUCAUUGUAAGACCAGUCAAAAGCAGUUCAUAGACUGAAUCUUACAAUGCAGACAAAUAUUUGAAAUGAACAUAAUAAACUGUUGGCUACAAUCA